AUGCGCUCUCUGUUAUCGUUUCUCCCGCUGCUCAUCCCCAGCGCGCUGGUAUCCGCGACCGAGUACCAUGAGCAGCUGAAUCUACGGCCGCUGCCUCUAUCGGCGCUCCUCGCGAGCUUCAACUUCCGAGCCAACACCUCCAUCGCAGACUUUGAGGCGCAGAACUUCCGUCUCUUCCCGAGAUCACUAGGCCAGAUCCUCCAAUAUGCAGGCACACGAGAGCUUCACUUGCGGUUCACGCUGGGCAGAUGGGAUGCAGAGAGCUGGGGAACUCGACCGUGGGACGGCACAAGAGAGGGCGGCACCGGGGUGGAAUUGUGGGCGUGGCUGGAUGCCGAGACGGACGAGGAGGCCGACGAGAAGUGGCUGACCCUGACCAAUGCGCUUUCUGGCCUGUUCUGCGCCAGUCUCAACUUCAUUGACGGGACGAGGACGAUCCGGCCUGUGGUGUCGUUCCAGCCCGAGGGAGACCAUCCCAACACGACGCUGGCGAAUACGAGACUGCUGCAUGGUGUGUUGCCGCAUGAAGUGGUUUGCACGGAGAACUUGACGCCGUUUUUGAAGAUGCUGCCGUGCAAGGGCAAGGCUGGAAUUGCGAGCCUGUUGGAUGGACAUAAGCUCUUUGAUGCGUCGUUCCAGAGCAUGGCCAUCGAUGUGCGGCCCAUCUGCCCGUCUGAGGGCGAGUGCGUGCUCCAAUUGGAACAGACGGUUGACAUGGUAUUGGACGUUGAUCGAUCCAAGCGACCUCACGAUAACCCCAUUCCACGACCACCUCCCGGCCACGACUUGAUCUGCGAUACCACGAAGCCGUACCAUAAACCAGACGAUGCUUGUUACCCGAUUGACCAUCUCCGUGGCCAAGACUGGACAUUAUCUCAGAUCUUUGGACGAACGAUGAAGGGAACAUGUCCCCUAACCGACGCUGAAGUCCCCCCCGUCUGUGUUCACCUUCCGUCAACUCGGGACUUGUUCGCUUCACAAGGCGCCCAUGAGAUAAGAUAUCCCAACAACGAUUCUCUGCGAUGCUAUCACAUCGACCAAGACAGUGAAUUUACCCUUGUAUUGACAAAGUCUGAGUUUCCUACUGAAGGAGGUCCCCUGGGCAUUGUCAAGCCGGAAACGCCUGUGCUCUACGCUGAGCGAAGUUUUACUGGCCACGGACAGGAGCACGGCGGUGUACAGGCCAUUCUCACCAACCCAGGCGAUGACUCGGUUGAAUUUGUCUACAUGGAGUCCCUCCCCUGGUUUAUGCGCGUCUACCUACAUACUCUUUCUGCUCGCAUCUCAGCCUCAUCGCCCAACACGAAUUCCUCCGCUGAUCUAAUCAAGGAGAUUUACUACCGCCCUGCCCUGGAUCGCGCUCGUGGCACGCAGCUUGAACUCCUCCUCAGCAUUCCUCCUCGCUGCACCGUCUUCCUCACCUACGACUUUGAACGAUCUAUUCUCCGAUACACAGAGUACCCCCCCGAUGCUAACCGUGGCUUCGAUGUCGCCGCUGCGGUCAUCACCACCCUGGAGCCCAAAGCCAUGAACAUCCGCACCACGAGUCUGCUGCUCUAUCUGCCUACUCCUGAUUUUAGCAUGCCGUACAAUGUCAUCAUCUUCACGUCGACUACUGUUGCGCUUGCGUUUGGGGGCAUAUACAACAUCAUUGUCAGGCGCAUGGUCGGCGCGAAUGAGGUGCCCCGCACGGCGAUGAAGGAUAAGGUGCUGGCUUUUAUUCAGAAACUGAAGAAGAAGAAGUCAGCGGUGGUAGCGGCGGCGGCGGCGGGUGGAAAGGCCAGUAUAGAGCCUGUUUCUGGGACAUCAGAAGCGAAGUGA